GCGAGCCAACAUUUUGCUAAAAAGCUUCCACAGUCUUCUUCUCACUUCCAACUCUUCAAGGGACUGAAACAUUGAAGAAGAAGAAGAAGAAUAGAUCCGCGACGAAACAAUAACACCAGGAGAAAAUGGCGUUGGCAUUCGACGAGUUCGGUAGGCCCUUCAUUAUACUAAAAGAGCAAGAGCAGAAAACAAGGCUGAGAGGGAUUGAAGCCCAAAAAGCCAACAUUUCCGCGGGCAGGGCGGUGGCUCGGAUCCUCAGAACCUCUCUCGGCCCCAAGGGCAUGGAUAAGAUGCUCCAAAGCCCCGACGGCGAUGUCACCAUCACAAAUGAUGGGGCUACAAUAUUGGAGCAGAUGGAUGUUGAUAAUCAAAUUGCUAAAUUGAUGGUUGAACUGUCUCGGAGCCAGGAUUAUGAAAUUGGUGAUGGAACAACUGGUGUUGUUGUCAUGGCUGGAGCUCUUCUAGAGCAGGCAGAGCGGCUAUUAGAGCGUGGGAUUCAUCCCAUUCGGGUUGCAGAGGGCUAUGAAGUGGCUUCUAGAAUAGCUGUUGAGCAUUUGGAGCGUAUAGCUCAGAAGUUUGAUUUUGGAACAACAAAUAUAGAGCCUUUGGUUCAAACUUGCAUGACCACCCUGUCCUCAAAAAUUGUGAAUCGAUGCAAGCGCCCUUUGUCUGAGAUUUCUGUUAAAGCAGUUCUUUCUGUUGCUGAUCUAGAGAGGAAAGAUGUCAAUUUAGAUUUGAUUAAGGUCGAGGGAAAAGUUGGGGGGAAACUGGAAGAUACUGAGCUAAUAUACGGAAUCACUGUUGACAAGGACAUGAGUCAUCCACAGAUGCCAAAGCAAAUUGGAGAUGCAAAAAUUGCUAUAUUAACUUGUCCAUUUGAGCCACCUAAGCCAAAGACUAAACAUAAGGUGGAGAUUGAUACAGUGGAAAAGUUUCAGACUUUGCGUCUGCAAGAGCAAAAGUAUUUUGAUGACAUGGUCCAAAAGUGCAAGGAUGUUGGUGCCACCUUGGUUAUCUGUCAAUGGGGUUUUGAUGAUGAGGCAAAUCAUUUAUUAAUGCACCGGAACUUGCCUGCUGUGAGAUGGGUUGGUGGUGUGGAGUUGGAGCUCAUAGCAAUAGCUACAGGUGGAAGGAUUGUGCCAAGGUUCCAAGAGUUGACCCCAGAAAAGCUGGGAAGGGCUGGUUUGGUCAGAGAGAAGUCUUUUGGAACCACAAAAGAUAAAAUGUUGUACAUUGAACACUGUGCAAAUUCAAGGGCUGUAACCAUAUUUAUUCGUGGAGGAAACAAGAUGAUGAUAGAGGAGACCAAGCGCAGUAUCCAUGAUGCAUUGUGUGUGGCCAGGAAUCUAAUCCGCAACAAUUCUAUAGUCUAUGGUGGUGGCUCUGCUGAGAUUUCUUGCUCAAUUGCUGUAGAGGCAGCUGCAGAUAAAUAUCCAGGAGUUGAGCAGUAUGCAAUCAGGGCAUUUGCAGAUGCUUUAGAUGCAGUCCCCAUGGCACUGGCGGAGAAUAGUGGGCUCCAACCCAUUGAGACACUAUCAGCAGUGAAAUCUCAGCAAAUUAAGGAGAAUAAUCCUCACUUUGGAAUUGACUGCAAUGAUGUUGGGACUAAUGAUAUGCGCGAGCAAAACGUCUUUGAGACACUGAUUGGGAAGCAGCAGCAGAUCUUGCUGGCAACACAAGUUGUUAAGAUGAUUUUGAAGAUCGAUGAUGUCAUUUCUCCAUCAGACUACUGAGGUCUAAUGUGAUUGAUGGGUCUGUAUGGUUCACCUGAGAGAAACAUGUUGUUGGCUUAUAAUUUUUGAACUGCCACUCCCUUGGUUGAUAGAAUGAUAUCACUAUUCUUGCUGAGUGGUUACUUGUUUCUUUUCUCUAGUUACUUUCAGUCAUCUAUGCAUUGCCCCUGCUGGAUGUAAAAAUGCUAGUUAAUGUGUAAUUUUGGGUUCAAAAUUUUGGUUGUUUCCCUCUAAUA